AUGCGACGGUUCGUCUACUGUAAGGUGGUGUUGACCACCUCUUUAGUGUGGGUGCUGGUGGACGUGUUCUUGCUGCUCUACUUCAGCGAGUGUAAUAAAUGUGACGAUAGGAAAGACCGCUCGCUGCUCCCGGCCCUGAGAGCGGUGAUAUCUCGGAGCCACGAGGGUCCGGGGGAGAUGGGCAAGGCAGUAAACAUCCCCAAGGACAACCAGGAGAAAAUGAAGGAGCUAUUUAAGAUUAACCAGUUCAAUCUGAUGGCCAGCGACAUGAUCGCGCUCAACAGGAGUCUGCCAGACGUGAGGCUGGAUGGCUGUAAGACCAAGCUGUAUCCAGAUGAGCUGCCAAACACCAGCAUUGUCAUCGUGUUUCACAACGAGGCGUGGAGCACCCUGCUGAGGACAGUUCACAGUGUCAUCAACCGCUCGCCCAGACAUUUGUUGGUGGAUAUCGUGCUGGUCGACGACGCCAGCGAGCGAGACUUCCUGAAGAAGAAGCUGGAGAACUAUGUGCGGACUAUGGAGGUGCCAGUGAGGAUCCUGAGGAUGGAGCAGCGUUCAGGUCUAAUCAGAGCCAGGUUGAGGGGGGCGGCCGCCACCAAAGGCCAGGUCAUCACCUUCCUGGACGCUCACUGCGAGUGUACUGUCGGAUGGCUGGAGCCCCUGCUGGCACGCAUCAAAGAGGACAGGACAGCAGUGGUGUGCCCUAUCAUCGAUGUCAUCAGUGACGAGACGUUUGAAUACAUGGCGGGCUCAGACAUGACCUAUGGUGGAUUCAACUGGAAGCUGAAUUUCCGCUGGUACCCGGUUCCCCAGCGGGAGAUGGAUCGACGCAAGGGGGACAGAACUCUGCCUGUCAAGACUCCCACCAUGGCAGGAGGAUUAUUCUCUAUAGACAAAUCAUACUUUGAAGAAAUAGGAAGCUACGAUCCAGGGAUGGAUAUUUGGGGCGGAGAGAACCUGGAAAUGUCUUUUCGAAUCUGGCAGUGCGGUGGCUCGUUGGAAAUAGUAACAUGUUCACACGUGGGCCAUGUUUUCCGGAAGGCCACCCCGUACAGUUUCCCCGGAGGAACGGGCCAAGUCAUCAACAAAAACAACAGGCGCCUGGCUGAAGUCUGGAUGGAUGAUUUCAAAGAUUUCUUCUAUAUCAUAUCACCAGGCGUGAUGCGGGUGGACUACGGAGACGUUUCUUCCCGUAAAGACCUCCGUGAGGCCUUGAAGUGCAAACCGUUUUCCUGGUAUCUAGAGAACAUCUAUCCAGACUCCCAAAUCCCAAGAAGAUACUACUCACUUGGUGAAAUCAGAAACGUUGAGACCAACCAAUGUGUGGACAACAUGGGAAGAAAGGAGAACGAGAAAGUUGGCUUUUUCAACUGUCAUGGCAUGGGUGGAAACCAGGUGUUCUCUUACACGGCGGAUAAAGAAAUUAGGACAGACGACCUCUGUCUGGACGUCUCCCGUCUCAAUGGACCCGUCGUCAUGCUCAAGUGUCACCACAUGAAGGGCAAUCAGAUGUUCGAGUACGACGCAGAGCACACCUUCCUCCACAUCAUCACCCAAUCAUGUCUGACCAUCAGCCGCCUGGAGGACGGCACCUACGGCCCCACAGUGGAGCACUGUAGCAACAGUCCCAUACAGGCCUGGACCCUCCACAACUACACGCGUCUGGAAGUGGCUAGACACCUUUACUUCAGUCCCACUGAUUAUUUUCUCUGA